UCUGGACAUCUUUGUCGAGCCCAAAUGUGGCAAUAGUCUUGUUAUCACCAAACUGAGUAAAAAAAAGGAGCACGGUCUCUUAAGGAUUCAGGUGCAGGGUUUAUUAUUUGUGAGAUAGAAAAAAUAUGGCAUCUUCUUCGCCAUGUGAUUGUGACUGUGAUUGUGAUUGUGAUUGCUGGUCUCAUCUCUCUGAUUCUUCUUCACUUUCCCAAACCCCUUCUUCAUCCGUCUGGAACCAUACCAAACUUUCUUCCCUCUCCAAUCCCACCGUUGACUUCCACUUAAACCAUUCUUCUUCUUUUCUCAACUCUUCUUCUUCUGCCUCUCUUCCUUCUCACAAAACUACUCACCAAGAUCAACGCCAUAUGCGCAUACUCAGGAAUCGAGAAUCCGCUGUUCGUUCCCGAGCUAGAAAACAGGCUUAUAGAAAAGGCUUGGAAGCUGAAGUUGUCCGUUUGACUGAAGAGAAUUCAAGAUUAAGAAGCCAGUUGGAAGAGUUGCAGCGCUGCAUGUGGUCCUUUGAUGAGGCUCCGAGGAAGAAGGCUCCAUGUAGAACCUCAUCAUCUCCAUUUUGAUUUUGAGAAGAACAUUUGAUUUGAGUAUCCUCCUAGUUAAAUAGCCUCUAAUAAUUCACUUUUCCCCACUUUUUAUUCGCCAAGUGUCUCUACCAGAUCGAUUACAUGUCCUUGUUGUUGUUGUUGCUGCUGUUAGACUUGCCAUUUUUCUUACUCUAGAUCUUACUUUAAUAUUUAUAUAGAAGUUUAUCCAAUUAGACUUUAA